AUGGCGGCGAAGAAGUCUUCUUCGUGGAGCAAGGGCGAGGACACCGUGCUGCGGGAGCAGGUGCGGCUGCACGGCGAGCAGAGCUGGGAGCGCGUCAGCGCCGCACUGCCCGGCCGCAGCGCCCGGUCGUGCCGCCUCCGCUGGUACCAGCGCCUGGCCCACGCCGUCGCCGCUGGACGGCCCUUCUCCGCCGAGGAGGACGCGCUCAUCGUCGCGUGCCACCGCGCGUACCCCAACAAGUGGGCCACCAUCGCGAGGUUCCUCCCGGGCCGCACCGACAGCGACGUCAAGAGCCGCUACAACACCGUCCUCCGCGAGCAGCUGGACCUGGCGCCGCCUCCGCGCCGCCACCCGGACGGGACGCUCCCGCUGUUUCCUCUGGUGCCCGGGGACGUCAGGCGUGCCAGCGGCAGGGGCGGCACGGUGCUCCGGCGCCAGCCGCCCGAGGAGGCUGCGGGGGAUGAUCAGAGCGGCGCGUGCCUCGCCCUGUUCCCGCUGGCGCCUGGGGAUCUCACCAAGGGUAGCAACAGCGCACGCGAGGCGGCGGCAAUGGACUUUGAUGUCAGCGCCGGAGGCCUGCCCGAGAUGAGGCUCUCGCCGGCGCCCACGGCCAUGGCGGCGUUCAGGGCGAUGGUGCAGGCUGUUCGGGCGCCGUAG